AUGCCGGCGGCGCAGCCGCCGGCCGUGCCACCGGCAUUUGAGGUUCGAAGACCUGGAUUUAUAACCGUGGAUCCCAACAUCAGUGUGGAGCUAUGCACGGGCGAGGGGUGGCGUGGCGUGGGCGUAGCCCGCUCCCCCUCGCACGAGUCGGUCACAACCGACCUGUCGUUAUUCAGCGUGUCUUCCGCUGCGUCUGACGCGAGAGUGUUGAAGUUAUUGGCUUCUAGGGCCGGCCAGGGUCCAGAUCCUUCUCUGAGGGUGGCCAGUCCAAAUCCUGAAGGGAAAUCUAUAAGCCUCCGUAGGGGCUCCCCCGCGCUUCCCCUACAAGGAGACGCGUGUCGAGACCUGCUCGCAGGGUGCGCCGCCCUCUGCGCUCAGCUCGGGCUCCGCAGGUCGUUCAGCGCGGGGGACGUGUCGGCCUCCGCCCCCGCUGCGCCUGUUAGAUGUGCGACUUCAGAAGUCGGUUUGUGCGCGGCGCUGGAAGCUCUCACUUUGAACGCAGCGUCACGAUCCUGUAGCACAUGGGUGGCCGUAGGUGGGUCUCAACUGCCGUCGCCGCAACGCGCUCAUCCAAUAACUUCGGUGCAAAAAACAUUACCGACGGACAAUAAAAAGGUUCGUCAAAGUUACAUAAAACGUCGUUUGCUGACCACAUACCGAGCACUGGAGAGAGUUUCUCAGUCGGAAUUCAAUUUGGACAAACUUGAGGCGGCUGCCGUAAGCGCAGUGAGCGCUGUGUCCGGCCCGGGACCUACCACACUGACCGUGCCGAACAAACACACGAACUACGUGCAUCCCGAAGCAGCACACUUGGCUCUCACCGCCGCUGAUCUAGAGAGAGAAAGGGGGCGUCCAUUGUCCAAAUACGAGCGGAACAUGAUGAUAUUCAAUUGGUUGCACACUCUUGACGAAGCGGCGCCGUUUUAAUUCUGAUUCUGAAUGGUAUAUUUCAUUCUGGAAUGUAUUCUGGACUGUAUACUUGAUUCUGGAAUUUAUUCUGGUCCGUAUACUUCAUUCUAGAAUGUAUUCUAGUGAGUAUACUAGAUGCUGGAAUGUAUCCUAGCGGGUUAAUUCAUAAUCAUCCGAAAUAUAUUCCACAUGGUUUACUCGAUGCAAGAGUUUAUUCUGGAGUGUAUUCUACGCGUAGUUUACACCAUAUAGAAAGUUAUUUUGAGUGUUUUGAAGGAAUACAUGCCGGUAUUCUGAUUUAAGUUAUUAUUUUAUUUUUAUAUUGUGUUUAAGCAGUAUUCUGGUUGUAAUAUUUGAUUUUAUAAUACAGUAUUCUAGAUUAUGAAUAUCGUGUUCUGUAAAAAAGCGUCUAGUUUUAUAAUAGUCUUCUUAUGUUCGUUUAUAAAAUAGUAUCUCAAAUGUAUUUUUAGUUAUAAAUUUAUAAAUAUUAUAUAAAAGCACAUAACUCUACUGUAUUGGAUUGUGUUCAAUGAUUGAUUAACACAUAGAAAGUUCUUUUGAGUGUUUUGAAG